AUGUGGUACUCGAGAAGUGUUUGGAUAUUGGCAUUGUGUUUAUUGCAAUUUGCUGCUAUUUUUCUCUUUAUUUCCGGAUUCUUCUCCAAACAAAUACGUUCAUAUACAGGUUCGGAAAGCAGUGAAGAUGUGAACAACUUUCUUGAUGAAUGUCCUCAUAAUAACAUGUUGAAACAAACAUUAACGAAGCAGACGGUUGCAAAAGUUGUGAUGAUUUUAAUCGAUGCUUGGCAAGAGCAGUUUUUUUAUGGCCGAAAAACCAUGCAAUUUUUACGCCAGCUGACGAGUAAUGGCCAAGCUGUAGCUUUCAUCGCUCAUGUACAAACGCCUACCGUAACAAUGCCAAGGAUUAAGGCAGUAACAAUUGGUAUGGUACCUUCAUUUGCCGAUGUAGUGAUGAAUUUUGCAUCCACUUCCAUAUCAAACGAUAAUAUCAUCGAUCAACUUAAUGAUAAAGGUUACAGAUGCACGUUUUGCGGUGACGAAACAUGGAUGCACUUAUUUCCCAGUCGUUUCGAUAACUAUUCAGUGGGGGUCACUUCAUUCUACGUCAAUGAUUUCAAAGAAGUCGAUGAUAAUGUGACGCUCUGUAUGCGUUCAAGGUUUGAGAAUAGCGCUGUCGAUACGUGGGAUGUGAUGAUUCUGCAUUACUUGGGACUUGAUCAUAUAGGACAUUCUCUGGGUGGCACACACAGCGAACUGAAUAACAAGCUUAUUGAAAUGGAUUCUGUUAUCAAAGAAAUCUACGACAAGCUUCACGAAGUAUACGGCACGAACUUUUCCAUAAUUGUAUUUGGUGAUCAUGGAAUGACCGAAGGUGGAAGUCAUGGUGGUUCCUCAGAAUUAGAAACUCGCGUACCCAUUGUUUAUGUUGAUGGAAAAAAACGGUGUUCUAGCAGCGAAACGUUGUGUAAAGCAUCGGUUGAACAAGUCGACAUUGUUCCAACAUUGGCAAAUCUUUUCAAUGUGCCAAUUCCGAAAGAGAAUCUUGGUGUUACGCUUUUGCCUUAUAUUGGCAUUGAUCGGUCAAAUUUUUCAAUGCUACCAUUAGUACUGCGAAACGCCGAACAGUUUCGAAAAUUGGAUAGAACAUCAGAUAAGCUAAAUCAUUGUAUCAGCCGUUCUUAUGACAUUUUACAAAAACAUUGUGCAAUGAAUGUUUCUCUAAAUGUUGAUGGAUUGAUUGGGGAAUGUUUGGAGGAAUUACACAAAGUUCAAUCGCAACUUAUACGUUUGAAAACGGAUUUCGGUAAAACACAGAUAAUGAUUGCUAUUGGUCUUUCUUUCACGGUAUCAUAUAUUUGUGGUUCUUUGCUAUAUUUUAAAUAUUCACAUAAUAUCUAUGCUUUCAAAAAUGGAGACCUCUCAACAUAUUUAGUCAUUUUUACGCAGUUAUUACAUUCUGUUUCAUUUUUCUCAUCAAGUUUAAUAGAAGAGGAGCAUGAUUUACAUACUCCUGAUAACCCAACAAAAUUCCGGAAGAUGAUAAUUAUAUUAUUUUUAUCAGUAAUUCAUCGUUUAUGUCGUGGUUACACCGAAUCAAAUCGGCGACGUUGGAUCCUGGAAAAAAGUAUUAGUCGCAGCAACAAAACUAAUUUGAUGAGUUAUUACGAGAUUUUAACGAGCAUUGGUGGUUCCAGCGGCAUGCCAGAUAUUGCGUUUUUAUUGAAACAGUUCAGUGUUUUGCGCUGGAUUUCCUCUUCGUUGUCUCUAAUUUUGGUUGGCAUUGGAUUAAUUUUAUGUUAUGAUAAGAGAACAAACCAUCCAAAACUUUUGCGUUCCUUAAUAUCAGUUACUCUAUUGGCAACAUUUUUGGUUCAUCAUUAUAAAUUUCAGGCAAUAUUUUUGAUGGUAUUUUUGUUGAAUAUAUUUUUAUUGCUGUUACUUCGAGAUCUAUUCCUAAGCUUAAUUGUCUGGGCAAUACUUAUUAUGCGAACAUAUAAUCUACCACUUGCUAUUCUACAGUUCUUUCUGGGAUAUUGUUUGGCUUGGAUAGAUGCGGCACCACUUUUGGUUAUCCGUGCUAUCUUUUCUUCCUUUUUUUAUUUG